AUGGAAACAUUAGCUGGAGUGUUAAAUGCUCUCAUAAAUACUACAAUAAACAAGGAUAACGAAGAAAACUUGAUGAAUGUUAAACUUAUUGCAGGAGUUUUGAAGUUCAGUUAUGCGAAAGAGUUUAAGAUACCAAGAAUGAGUCAUAGAGUACAACUUCUUUUGGGAGCAUACCAUAUGACAUUUCCUUUGAAAAGUGUUGACAAAACGAUUGAGAUGAAAUCUGUUCCAUACGUAUGUUAUGGUAAUUGUUUGUACAUUGAGUCAAAAAUAGCUAAUGUCACAGGUAUUUCAGGAGUUAAUAGUAAAGGUUCAGUAGAAUAUAAAUCCUUCUGUUAUGCAGUCAAUUCAAUGUUCAUUCCAAACGUUCCUGUCAUAGCAACUCAUUUAGGUAAAUGGGUUCGCAUUAGUCCUCAUAAUUUGAAAGACAUGCAAUUCAGACUUGUUGACUUUCAAGGAGAGCCUGUAGAACUGAAGGCACCAGUGCGAAUGACUGUUGAAGUUGACUUUUUAGAAAAUAUUAAAUGCAACAGCUUACAAGAGAACUCAGAGCUAAAAAUAUAA